CGGCUGCCGGCGGCGCUUCUAGUAGCUUCCAGACGCGCGCGCGGCGAGAGAGCGAGGGCGACGGGCGCUCGCCAGCCAGCCAGCCGGGCAAAGGCAGAAGCGGCGAGUCCUUCGGCGAGGCGCUGAUGGCCAAGUGGGGAGAGGGAGAUCCGCGCUGGAUUGUGGAGCAGCGCGCGGAUGCCACCAACGUCAACAACUGGCACUGGACUGAAAGAGAUGCAUCUAACUGGUCUUCAGAGAAACUGAAAAGUUUGCUUCUGGCUAUUAGAGCAGAGAAUGCAGAGGGAACUUGUGAAGUGACAGAAGUAAGUAAAUUGGAUGGAGAAGCCUCAAUCAACAACCGCAAAGGAAAGCUGAUUUUCUUCUAUGAGUGGAAUAUCAAGCUGGCUUGGACAGGCACUUCAAAUACAGGUGUGAAGUAUAAGGGAUAUGUGGAGAUUCCCAAUCUGUCGGAUGAAAAUGAUGUUGAUGAAAUUGAGAUCAGCGUUAGUCUUGCCAAAGAUGAGCCAGACACCAACCUGCUCGCUUUGAUGAAGCAUGAAGGUGUAAAUCAGAUCAGCAGUGCUUUGGCAAUUUACAUUAGCACUCUCAAAACAGAGUUUACCCAAGGCAUGAUCUUACCUACAGUGAAUGGUGAACAGUCAGAGCUCCCGCCUCAUCCUGUACGCAAAGCAGAGGAACGGAAGACCACUGAACCAGUUGCUGGCAAUGCACUUAAAUCCAAAUCGAUAGGAGUCAAGAUUCCUACUUGCAAGAUAAACUUGAAGGACGUUUUCUUAACAUCUCCAGACGAACUGUAUAGAGUGUUUAUUACACAAGAGAUGGUCCAGGCUUUUACUCACUCACCUGCCUUUUUGGAGGCUGACAAAGGAGGAAAAUUCCAGCUGCUAGAUGGCAGUGUCACUGGAGAGUUCACUGAACUAGUUCCUGAGAAGCAGAUUGCAAUGAAGUGGAGAUUUAAAACAUGGCCAGAGGGACACUUUGCAACCAUCACCUUGACGUUCAUCGACAAAGCUGGUGAAACAGAAAUCCGCCUGGAAGGAAGGGGCAUCCCAGCCAAUGAAGAAGAGAGAACAAGGGAGGGCUGGCAACGUUACUAUUUUGAGGGCAUAAAACAGACUUUUGGUUAUGGAGCCCGAUUGUUUUAACACUGGCUACUGCGGAGAGUCUCUACCCAAAGAUUCUGCCGUGUGAACUGAUUUGCUUCUUGUCUGUCCCUUUCUUAUCCUUUGUUUCACUGUUGUGAUAAGCAGGAUGGCCGAAUGGCCUUGAAGGCCACUGAGCAGCACAGAUUCCAGCUUGUCACUGCUCAUGCAUGUCUCCUGCUGCAGGGGAUUCAAAAGGUGGAUUCUCAUAAAUGUAUAUACACCCGUAUUGCUAAAUAAACAUAACUUAAAGAAGA